AUGCACACGAAGACAGUCCCUGAAGACUUUCCUGACCCCUGGAGGGCCCCUGAGAAGCCGCCAGAGGAAACACAGACACCUGAAGAACUGGCAUUUUAUGCCCCGAAUUACCUAUGUUUGACCAUCCUGGCUGUAAUUCUUUUCCCUCCCCUGGGAUUAAUAGCUGUAUUCUUCAGUUACAAGACCUCGCAGGCCAACAAGAACAGCCAAUGGGAAGAGGCUUACAUCAACUCAGGUCGAACUGGUUGGCUGGAUGUAUUCGCCAUACUCAUCGGUUUAGGCAUCAUUUAUGCCUAUGUCCUAUUUAUGUGA